GACCUCCAAGCAGCGGGAAAACCUCUUUGGUUCGCGAAGUAGUGUGUAGGGGUAAUUUCAACCCUCUGUUUAUCGAUCUCCGUGGUGGACAAUUUAGCACACCGACGAAUUUGUACUAUACAAUAUCUGAGCAAUUUUAUUCAUUUUUUGAGCGAACGAAGGAUAAAUUGUCAGGAAUGCAAACGGGCGUGAAACUUCACUCAAAAUUAUUAAACACUUUGUCAGCAGAUGUAGAUCUUAGGUUGCAACCUUCUGAAAAGAAUGCUAAAGAAAUCGCUGAAUUACUUGGCAUGAUUGAAGACCAUCUUCCAAGAUGGUCCUUUUGGAAAGGACGAAAUGUGCCACCACCAAUUUUAAUAAUUGAUGAGGCAAAUAAGUUCAGCCAACUUUGUAGUUCAGCGGAAGGAGCAAUUAUUCUUGAGUCAUUUCUUGAUUGGCUGGUGAAAAAUACUAAACAAGAAAAAAACUUUCAUGUAGUGCUUACCACUGCCGAUUCAUUCUUUUCACAAUGGAUUAGUAAAAUGUUGCAUGUUCCACACACAACAUCAUAUGUUGUUGGUGAUUUAAGUAGAAAGGAAGCUGAAGAAUUCUUUUACAAGCAUGUGCUUCCUCGACAUGGGUCCGAUGUUCAUAAGGAGUUGGAAGGCCGAUUUGAUCACGUCUAUGAAAUCACCGGUACACGAAUGAUUAUUAUCAAUCAGUAUGUUGAUGAAUACAAAAUUCAUAAAGGAGAUUUUGAAGUAUAUUCUACAGAAUUUUCUGUAUACCUGCAAGAAUAUAAUCGAUUGGAACGUGGUUUUUACCCUGAAGUUCUUGAAUCACCAAGUAAACGUAAUUCCCCACUUUGGAAUAGAUCAGAUUUCAUUAAAACCAUGGAAGCCAUUGUGGCGAAUCCAGAAUUUAUCCUUGAAGAUGAUCUGAUCCAAUUGAUCG